AUGAUCGGUCACCGGCAUCACUCUGUAUACGGCGGGUGGCUCAUCGAAUGUUCUAGAAGAUUCUCGACGUCCUCCAGCCGACCAAAAACGCAAGUGGAUGUGAUGUUGGUCAAAGGGUAUUCUUACGACCAUUGUUUGGGGGGCGUCCACUGCGCAUCGUUGUUUCGUUUCGCACCGGGCGGCCAGUGUUCGGCGUUGGCCGUAAGUCGUAACGCAUGCACCGUCAGACCGGUCGCUGGUUUUUGA